AUGAAUUUACAACAAAUUUGUUCAUAAUGCUAAUAUAAAAAUUUCCUAUAGGUUAUUUAAGCAGGUUAAGAAUUGAUAAACUAAGGAUUUAUAGCUUCUAUGUACUAGCAGAAAAUAGGAAACUAGCUUGAUAGUGUUUUAAUUAUGUCAGGAUUUGUUUUAGUUAAUUAUUAAUAAUAACCCCUAUAAAUCAACACUGAAGUUAUAUUCAGCAAAGAAUAUCCUAUUUCACCACCAGCAUUCUAUUUCGUAAAUCCAGAUCCUAAUAAAUUCUAGGUGAAUUCAAAAUAUGUUAUUAACAAAAGACCAAAUUCUGAGAGCUAUUAUGUUAUUCUUGAUAAUUUGAAUUGGAAUACUCACAAAGAUUUGAAAAAAACAAUGAAUUUGUAUAUCUAGAUUUUAUAAAAAGACUUUCCUCUCUACUCUAAAUAAUUUUAAAACUAGAAUAAUUAAAAGAAUUAUGAAAUUAACAACUAAAAUUAAAUAGGAGGGGAUAUUGAAUAAAUUAUUUAUAAUGAUAAUAAAGAAGUAGAAUAAGCAGUGAAUAAGGAGAUAUCUAGUAUAAAACUUUAGAUCAAUCAAGAUAUAAAUUAGAUGUUAGAUGAAGUCAAAUAGCUCUAUGAUCAUAACUAAAAUCUAAUUAAAUCAAGUGUAAUUCUUCAUAGAAUAAAUCAAGAUCUUGAUGAAUAAAUAAAGGAAGCAGAUUCCUCAAUUAAUGAUAUGAGGAAUAAGUGCCAAUAGUACUCUAACGAAACUUUAAAAUUAGAGACACUUAAAGAAAAGUAUAUGACAGCUCAAAGCCCUGUUCAUAAUUAGAUACUUCAACUCAUAGCAGAGCUUGAUGCAAUAAAAGAAACAUUUUUAUUUACUGACGAAUGGUUCAAAAGAUCAAAAGACUUUGACCAAUAUAGUUCACAAAUAAAACUUCUGGCUGAAAGAGAAUUUGAGUGCAAAAUACUUCUUAAAAAAUGUUUACUCCUAGUCAAUUGA